CACUGAAUAUUUUUGUCUCAGACAGCAUUGAAUCAAGCUAGCUAGAUUAGGUGUGUUGCUGUUGCUGCUUGUGACGAGGGUCAUUGAUGGAUUGUGAGCGAGGCCAUAAUUAAUUGCCACUUGUUUAAUCUACAUUUUGCACAAACGUGUGUGUGUGUGUGUAUAUAUUUCUGUAUAAGGACAUUUGGUUGCUUGUCAUUCCUCCCUGUGAAAGCAGCACGUUGCCAUGGGAACUAUGACAUUUGUGGCACCACGUGAUUUUACCCUCCAUUCUCAGAAAAAAAGAUGCUUUAUUGUGAGUGGUCCACGGCCCCUCUCCAGCCAUGAGUGAUUUGUUUGAGUGCAGCAAGAGAGUGGGCAGCUUUUGUAAUGUCGUUUCCUCACACAUUUGGCUUAGAGGUCUUUUGUAAGAAAUGUAUUAAUAAUUUCGUAUUGGCAAGAGACCUGCUUUACCUUUUCCUUUUUCACCUAUUCCAUUUCUCUUAAUGGCACACUUUGACUGCACUUUUCUGUAAUUGGCCCACUCAAACUAAAUUUCAGAUGGAUGGGGAUGUCAUGUUUAACUUGUUAUAUUAUAUUUUGGAAUAAAAUAUGCGAAGAGAUAAUAUUUACUUCCCCAAAAUGUCAAAAAAAGUUUGACAUUUCGGGGAAAUGCACUUAUUCUUGUCAAAAGAUGUGGAGAUUGAUACCAAUCUUGUGUCUGUAUGGUAAAUAUAAAGGUGCUUCCAGCAAAUGGUUACCUUUGUUUUUAUCUUUGUUUAAAAAAUUCUGUGGUAGCUUCAUUUGACGUGACAAAUAAAGCAGAUAAGCCGCUUUCUCCAAAAGCCAAAUUAUAUUUGAAUAAAUGUCACAAAAAAUUGCAAACAAUGUUGCAGACUUGCAUAUGCUUGUAUCACUGACUGUAUUUAAAGAUGGGUGACAUAAGACAUCACCAACCAGAGAGGGAGACUCCUCAGAUGUAUAGAGAGAGGAGUGAAAGCCAAGACCUCUUGAUCGCCCUCUGGUCACUGAUUCCAGCACAGGUCAGCUUCAAAUGUUCAUUUCCCUGAAAAGUUUAGUUUUAAUUAGCUGUUUGGUGCUAUAAAAGGUGGUGAAAUGUCACAUCUGACAGCUGAGUGCUGCUCACAGUUGAGUCAGAUGAGCGUACGGGACAGGAACUUGAUUCUGGCGCUCCAUCGCCCAAUCACUACUGCAUAGUCGCAGGGCUCUGAAUGACAUCAUCAGCACAAGAUGACCAUGCUCAUAUUUAGGAUAUAGCAGCUUCACUUUUGUACAGUGCGAGAAAGUGGAGACAUGUCAUCCACCUUUAUAUGUGCUGUGAUUCUCUGUUGUUCACUUUUUAAUAGGGCUGCGAUCCACACCAAGUACCGACCCGUGGCAACGCCUGAGGGAAAUGUGCCAGUGUUCAACAGUCCAGCUGGUGCCACUGCAGCAUGUCUAAACAUUAACAACACACAUCAACACAUACUGCCGAGGGCUUCUCAGUGGCGGAGCGGCGGAAGUGAGGGGUGGUUUUGCUUUGAAAAAGACGAGAAGCGGGGGGGAAAAGAAAAAGAGGCGAAGCUGAAACUACAACGCAGCCACAGAAUGGGAGUCCGCUGCAGGAGCAAAUCCUCCUAGAGACGGAGACUCGGAGGAGGCAGCGGUCACUGUGCAGCAGCACUGCUUCCAACAUACAGGGAUUUAAGAUGAUUGGCGGCCAGCUGUCAGCACAGAGGAGAGUGAUGAGGAACUUUCCUGAGGACAAAGGCCUGCAGAAGACCAGCACCUACAUCGUGCCAUGCUUCCUCUUUGUGGAGCUGGUCAUCAUGGCAGGGACCGUUCUGUUGGCGUACUACUUUGAGUACACGGACACGUUCCCGGUGCACAUCCAGGGCUUCUUCUGCUUCGACAAAGCCUAUUCCAAGCCGUAUCCAGGACCAGAAGACAACAGCAAGGCGCCACCCGUCCUCGUUUACUCCCUCGUCACCGCUAUCCCCACUGUGACGAUUCUGAUCGGAGAAGUGACUGGUUUCUUUGUGAAGACCGAGGGAGCUCAGGAAAAGACCAUAGUGACCGCCGACUGCUGUUACUUCAACCCUCUCCUCCGUAGGAUCGUACGUUUUCUGGGUGUUUACUCCUUCGGCCUCUUCACCACCACCAUCUUUGCAAAUGCAGGUCAAGUGGUGACAGGACACCAGACGCCUCAUUUUCUGUCUGCCUGCAAGCCAAACUACACAGCCUUGGGCUGUCAGUCGCCGCUGCAGUACAUCACAGAGCGUCGAGCCUGCACAGGAAACCCGUACCUGGUGGCGUCUGCCCGCAAAUCCUUCCCCUCCAAAGAUGCAGCGCUCAGCUUUUAUUCAGCCAUCUACACGGUGAUGUAUGUGACCUUGGUGUUCAGGACCAAAGGGACCCGUCUGAUGAAGCCCACCUUGUGCCUGGUGCUGCUGUCUCUGGCUGUGCUGGUGGGGGUGAUAAGAGUGGCUGAACAUAGAAACCACUGGAACGAUGUCCUGGCUGGCUUUGUCACCGGAGGAGCCAUCGCUGCCUUCCUGGUGUCAUGUGUGAUCAACAAUUUUAAGCCAACCCAGAUUGCAGUGCCGACUCCUCCGCCUCCACAGCGUCCAGAACCCCCCAUGGGACUGCCUCUUCUCAGCCUGCCCCGUGUGGAGAGUCCACUCGAAAAGUUCCAGGGCUACCAUAUUCUGAGAUCACAUGACCAUCAGCCAAUCCCGUCCCCCGCCCCUCCCGAUGUGCUCCUCCCCACACGGCGUUGCCUCACCAGCGCAGUUUAGAUCUACCCUCUGAAUGCCCCCUACCCUGUCCUGCCCACCCAGAAGGACGUCAUCCUCUCCGACGAGUCAAGUCCACCCAGGUCUGAGGGUCCACCAGUCACAGGAGGCAGAAAACAGCAAAAUGUGUAAACGGCGAGCUGAGUUGCAACCUCUCAUGACAUUAAGAGAUGGAUGCGUGUUCUUCUGUCCUGUUCUGUCCCGUUUGUCCUCCAAGAUGGCCUCCUUAUUCUUUCAGGUCUAAAAGAACCAAUGAAAGACUCGCCAAAGCCAGAGCUGCUGAAGCAAUACUGUGUCCUACUUUGCUUGUCCUGUUUUCCACAAAGACCUAAAAGUGACUCUAAAGACUGUUGGCUGGUGAUGACUUGAUAAAGCACUUGAUCGAAACAAAAAACUCAGAGGAGCGACUAAGGCUUUCUUAAUGAUUGAAGAAAAUCCCAAUCACUGGUGGAUCAUCCUCAAAAAAACAUUUUGUAACACUCAGGACUAUACAGUGGAAAAAAGACAUAAUCAAAAACAAAGACCUUUGUGAAAUCAAAAUGCAGGUACCGUCAAUUGUGGUACAGGUUUUUGUUUUUGUUUUUUUUUUUGUCCUCAAAACUAACGAAAGAGAUGCUGUCUUAGAGGAUUGCACUUUUGUAAAUUAUAGCACAGAUGAACCAAUUUAGAGUUCAGUACAAACUGUGUGUAUCUUAUUUGUUUUGGGGGUUGUGGGUGUGAUCUCUUUCUGUAUAAUGUGUGAAAAGACAGAAGAGUGACUUAUACACACUAGACCUGUGCUUGUGACACCAUAGUUGUUCUGGGGCAAACGUGAACUCAUCUUCUGCCUCGGUCCAGACCUUUGAAUUCAUCCUCUCCACAGAAGAUGGAAAUGGAGUGUAAUGAGUUGACAUUUCAGUCUGAUAUCAGGCAAAUUCAUCCCUGAAGUGAGCUGAACUAGAUUUCCUUCAACUUUCCAAAUAUAUUUUAUCUACUUACUAGUCAGGUGUGUGUUUAUAAAUAUCUGUAGGUUUUACGUCCAUGCUGUGAAAUAUUUGGAAAGUUUUAUCAUUUGUCUUACUGCUGUUUCCUGUGUGGAGCUCUUUGUUGGUGUUAGUUUGCACAAAAGUCUCAUUUUGCAUUUCCCUUACCCCCUUCAACACGUUCAUGUUUUUUUUUCUUUAAAUUACCCAUUUCUCAAUGUCAAAGUAUUUGCUCCCUUUGCUUUCUAAAAUGACUGUUUUAUAACAGUAGUAUAACAUCAGUCCUUGAUGCUACCGUUUACCUGUCUGUUCAGUUAUUUGCAAAUUUUCCUGUGUCAGUCCACCAUCUUUUCCUCACACUGACUUUAGAAAUCUGAUGGCACAGAGCAGUGUGUAAUGCAGAGGCAAGACCUCUGAGUUUUGUACAGUUUUGUACAGUAUAUAGGUUUCUUUACAUAGUAUACUACAUUAUCAUUUUGUUUAAAUUGUGUGAACUAUGUGAAGCUACCUGAAGCUGUCUUAUAGGAACAUGAGUAGUUGCCUGGUUGAAAGCAGGAAUGUAGCGCAGUGGAGAAAUGUGUGAAAUCCAACAGCAUACAGCCGAUGUCUUUGGCUCACAACUUGCAUUGGGUUCUCCUCAGUUCAGAAGGGCACUGCAGGUAGGUUAUACUGAAGAGUUUGCAAUGGGUUAUAUGAAAAAAGAAAUAGCUAUGGUUUUAUUAAAUGCGUGUGUGCGUGCGCGUGCAUGUGUGUGAGUUUGGGUGUACGUGUGUGCUUAUAGGGAUUUAUGUGUAUGUUUAUAAUGAGCACACUGGUAUGGCAGCGUAACUGGGAGUUUGGCAAUCUGUUUUUUGAAGUUAAACUGUCAAAAGUAGCUGCUAUAAUUACACACUUGUGCUUGUGUGUAACUGCAGGCCUUCAAAGGACCCCUGCCAAGGCGUCCUAACAAUGCCUCUUAUAGCAGAAGGUGCUCAUUAUAGCUCUGAGAUUACUUACAGUAAAACUUUUCAGUCAGAAUUUUUUUGUAAACAACUGAAGAGGUAGAGAACACCAGAUCUGUCCAGAUAAUGUUAUUUUCAUGUUAAAAUGUCUCUGUUUUGUAUUUAUUUACCAAAAUAAAUUGCAAUUAUCACACA